UCAAAUUAAAACCCCAAUUUUGUUCAGAGCAUAAAGUCUCUCUCUAUCUGUAUCUCUAUCUCUAUCUCUAUCAGUCAGUCAGCAAUGGCGAUGCUGCUGGAGAACUGUGAAGGCAUAAUGCUAUCUCUGGACUCACAGAAAUCGGUUCCGGCGCCAUUCUUGACGAAAACUUACCAGCUGGUGGAUGAUCCGGCCACCGACCACAUCGUCUCUUGGGGAGAAGACGACACCACCUUCGUCGUGUGGCGCCCGCCGGAGUUCGCACGUGACCUCCUCCCCAACUAUUUCAAGCACAACAAUUUCUCCAGCUUCGUCCGCCAGCUAAAUACCUAUGGUUUCAGGAAGAUCGUGCCGGACAGAUGGGAGUUUGCGAAUGAGUUCUUCAAGAAAGGGGAGAAGCAUUUGCUCUGCGAGAUCCACCGGAGGAAGACGUCUCAGCCGCCGCCGCCGCCGCAGACGGCGGCGAUCAACCACCCCUACCACUCUCCGAUCAUCGCCCAGAGUUUCUUUUCCUACAAUAACAGGCCGAGACACAGCGUAUCUCCUCCUGAAUCCGACGAAUUGCAGACCUCCAACACCAACUGGUGCGACUCGCCGCCGCCGCCGCCGCCGGCGGCCAACAAUAGCGGCGGCUGUAAUGGCUACAAAACCACCACCACCACCACCACAUUAACGGCGCUUUCUGAAGACAACGAAAGACUGAGAAGGAACAACACUAUGCUCAUGUCGGAAUUAGCCCACAUGAGGAGAUUAUACAACGACAUUAUCUACUUCGUCCAGAAUCACGUCAAGCCCGUAGCUCCCAGUCAUCAUUCGUCGCUACUCUUCUCCGCCGCAUCGCCGCCGCAGCCGCAGCCGCCGCCGUCGUUUAGCGGCGCCUCCGUGCUGCAGAAGCCUCUGAAUCAACUAAUCGGGUACCACGAGGCCCCCAAAAACCCUAAUCGGGGAAAUGCCAUUUUUAACCUCGGCUCCUUUUCUUCUCCGACCAAAGGCAGCGUGACGAUCCUCGAACAGCCUGCGAUGAACAAUUCCGACGCCGGAAGAACUAAGCUGUUUGGCGUCCCGUUAUCUUCGAAGAAAAGACUGCAUCCAGAAUCUGCAGCCGUUGAGACAAACAAGACGAAGUUUGUUUUGGAUAAGGAUGAUUUAGGAUUGAAUCUCAAGCCCCAUUCGCCGCCAUGUUAGCAUUUCUCCUCUAUCCUACCUCUUUAAGGAAUAUAUUAAAAAAAAAAAUUAAAAUCAAGUAUUCAAUCAAGUUAUAUAUAUAUAUAUAUUACAUCUCUAUUGAUCCUUUUUUUUUUUUGGAUAACUUCUUUAGAAUUAUUAUCUUGGAAAGAUGUGUCCAUUUGUGAGUACGUGUGGGUCGUCGUCUUCUCUUCUUCUAUCAAUGUCUUGUUUCUUUGUAAAUGCAGCUUUUUUUGAAGAGACUUAUUAAAAUUAAUUUCUAGAGUAAA